AUGGCACGUGAAACAGACGCGCCCAGGGUCAAAAACGCGUCUCCACUUGGGAUUCGUGACGCGACUCCGAGUCGUCAACCACUGGCAGAGGCCUGCCUGAACUUGAAUGCCCUCCCUCCUGAGCUGAAGUUGCUCAUUUACUCGUAUCUCGAUCCCGUUCAUCUGGCCACCGUUGCGCGUGUAUCGCUCUUCUGGCGCGCGGUGGUCUUGGCCGAUCGACGAUGGGACUCAUGGGUAGCGAUGCUCAAGGACACUUCCUCCGGCAAAUCGCUGAUGGACACGCUCUAUUCCUAUCAAAUGGACCUUUCGCCCAGAAUAAUCGUCUCGCUGUGCUUCAACAUCCAGUGCUCGUCUUGCGGCAAGGACACGGACCAACUGUUCCUCCCGCUUCUCCAACGCGUGUGUACAUUGUGUCAGGUUAAAGAAGUGUAUUCAGUCGCUGCUCUUUCUUCUGCUCUUUCGGCUUACGAUGUGCGACCAAAGGAGGCUAAGGAUGCGGGCCUCGUUGUUCUAGACAUGUCUGAGAAAUCUCUGUCGACCAAUGCUUCCAAACUUGUCAGUGUCACUGCCGUCAAGAAAAUUGCUCUGGCAAAACACGCAAACGAAGCCGCUUUGGAGGUUCACUUGAACAAUCGCAAGGACCGCUUACUCACCAUGCAUAACACCCGCUCCUCUACUUCUGCUCAAACGACAAACCAGCCCCCACGCAAAAAGAUCCGUCUUCUCCUUCAAAGGCCUGCCGCGCUCCGAGACCUGCACACCCCGCUCGACUAUACGCAAGCUUGCAUUGUUUCGACCAACUACCUUGAACUGAGCACUGAAUUUGCGCUCGACCUCUUCCCCGCCGCCCACGCCAACUCAAGCUAUACCUACACCCAAGUCGUCGCCAAGGAACUCAAGUCGUGUCGCAUCUGCCGCAUUGCGGAUUGUCUUCGCAAUGGACUAGGGCUCGAAAUUGCGACGCUGACUGACUUGCGCGGCAUGGAGAAGAUGGUACCGGCCGAUCUCGCACGGCACCAGGAGGUUGUGCACUACGGACGCCGCGCCGCGCGCUGCCAGGGUCUCGGCGAGGACGAGGAGACGUGUCCAGCGUGUUCGAAUCGUUUUGCCUUGGAAGUUGAGCAGGACUUGAAAGAACUGGAGGAGGAGGAGGAGCACUGA